AUGUGGGCUUCUGCUGUGCUCCCGCUCGUUGCGGCGUCUGCAUUCGCGCAGUACAGCACGGGGUCGCCGUCGCCAAACGGAACCACUGGCCCUGACGCCGACGGCAAGUACGAGAUCUCGGCCGAGGGCAUUCGCGCGACCUUCAUCCCGUACGGCGCAUCCAUCUCCAAUCUGUUUAUCAACGACACGAACGGCAUUGAACGCGACAUUGUCCUCGGCUUCGACAACGCGAGCCACUACUCGGUCGACCCCUUCCACCCUCAUCUGGGAGGUGUGCCUGGACGCUACGCGAACCGCAUCAAGAACUCGACCUUUACCAUCGACGGCGUCGACUACCAUGUUGACGCUAACGAGAACGGCGGCGCUGAUACCCUGCACGGUGGAUCAGACGGUUGGGAUUUCCGCAACUUCACCGUCGUCGCGCACACCGCCGACUCCAUCACCUUCUCUAUCGUUGAUCCUGACGGCAAGGAGGGUUUCCCUGGUGAGGUCGUGAGCUACAUCACGUACACUGUGACAGCUUUCACAUGGAAUAUCAAGAUGGUGGCUCUUGCGACUACCAAGAAGACGCCUAUCAUGCUGAGCUCCCACACCUACUGGAAUUUGGACGCCUUUGCCAACCCUGAAACUGCCACCACCGACAAUCACACUCUUCACCUGCCCUACUCUGGCCAACGUAUCGGCGUAGACAACAUCCUCAUUCCCGACGGUACCAUCCUCCCCAACGAGAAGUACUCCGUCAACGACUUCUGGUCGUCGCCCAAGCAGCUCGGCGCGAACUACUCUUCACCCGAUAUCAAGAACAAUUGCGGCUUCGGCUGUGUUGGUUACGAUAAUGCUUGGCUCGUCAACCGCGCUCAAAACGGCCCAUACGACUGGCGCAAUGAGGGCCCUGUUGCUACGCUUGCUAGCAACUUCACUGGUAUCCAGAUCGACAUCUUCACCGACCAGGAUGCGUUCCAGGUGUACAGCUGCCCUGGCCAGAAUGGCUCCCUCCCCAUCAAGUCUACCCAAGGAUAUGAGGGACGUCCGCGCGUUGUCGAGAAGUACGGCUGCGUCGUCAUGGAGGUCGAGGACUGGAUUGACGGCAUCAACCACCCCGAGUGGCAGCGCGAGAAGAAGCAGAUCUUCGGCCCCGGUGACGACCCAUACGUUCUCGAGGCGAAGUACGUCUUCUCUGUCAACUAA